AGAGAGAGAGAGAGAGAGAUUUGUUCAUCAGCGCUUUUCCGUUUUUCUCGUUCUGCCUCCACUGCCGUGUCGCCGGAGAGAAAAAGAGGAAGGAAUAUGGUUUCAUCAGACGCUCCUCCCGUUUCAGCGCUGCUGUAGCGGAUCUACGAGCAGGAGGCUGGGGCUCGGUUCGGCACAAACCUCACACAACCGCCUUUCCCGUUACCAACCAGCCUGCAGGAGCACUGCCAGCACACCGGGACACAUAAAUGGUGGAGGCCGUGGUGGAGUUCGACUACGAGGCUCAGCAGGACGAUGAGUUGAGCCUGACGGUGGGUGACAUCAUCGUGAACAUACGGCGGGACGAUGGAGGAUGGUGGGAGGGCGAGCUGGACGGACGCAGGGGCUUAUUCCCGGAUAACUUUGUCAGGGAGAUAAAGAAAGAGGCAAAGAGGGAUGGAGGACAGGCAAGCAUGAUUAGACCUGACCUUUCCAAUGGAAGGGCCAGCCCUGUGUCCGACCCCGGCGCACGAUCGGGCAAGAAAGUAGAGCAAAUCCGUAAGCGGAGGUGUAAAGCGGCGUUCAGCUACGUGCCUCAGCAUGAAGACGAGCUAGAGUUGAAAAUAGGAGAUGUCAUUGAGAUCAUAGCAGAGGUAGAAGAGGGCUGGUGGGAGGGAUUUCUAAAUGGGAAGAGUGGAAUGUUUCCCUCCAAUUUCACCAAAGUUAUCCAGACGGAGUCGGAAACGUCCUCCCUAAACACCUCGCAAGAGGAGCUGCGCAGCUCCCGCACCAGUAAGGACAGCCCAGGCAGUGAAAGUGAUGGAGGCGACAGUCGGUCAGAAACGGGGUCAGGAGAAAUUCAGCCCAAGAAGGUUCGAGGGUUUGGCUUUGGUGACAUCUUCAAAGACCAGCCCUUCAGGCUCAGACCCCGCUCUAUUGAUGUGGACUCAGAAGGAGGGGAGCUAAACGAGGCAAAAGCAGCCAGCGUUGCCUCAGAAACCAUGAAGACUGAACCUGACGGCAAAGCCAGAGGGCGGGAGCAGUGUAAAGUCCUCUUUCCAUAUGAAGCACAAAAUGAAGACGAGCUGUCACUCAAAGAGGGUGAAAUCAUCAACAUUAUCACCAAGGAGUGUGCCGAUGCAGGCUGGUGGAAGGGGGAGAUCGGAGGAAGGCAAGGUGUCUUCCCAGAUAACUUUGUCAAACUACUAGAAUUGGAGAAAGAGAGACCAAGAAAACCGCCUCCUCCCAGUGCACCAGGUGGUAAACACACCACAGAGAGAAAGUCGGAGGUCAAGAAGGUUCCACCUGAGCGGCCUGAACAUCUGCCACAGAGAGACCAGGAUCGAGGUGAAGAGAUGAAGGUUGGAGACAUCCCCAAGCCCUCUAUCCCAUCUAGCGUUCCUAAGAAACCCCUCCACCCAAAGACAAGCACCUCCUCUUCCUCCCAACCCCCACGGCGUCCUGAAAGACCACCCACUCUAGCGUGUGAAAGCCCCAAGUCUGAGGGGGGGGCUUCGACACCAGAUUCUGCCCCACAUGACACUGAUGUGGACCUCGACGCGGUGGUGCCGUCAACAGAGAAGCUGAGUCAUCCAACGGCAACACGGCCGAGAGUCAUCGACCGCCGGCCUCGCUCACAGAUCAUUGCCCCCUCUUCCCUGUCAGGUAUCGAUCUGGACUCCCCUGGAGUGGAGGACAGGAAGGACAGAGGAAAGGUGGAGCUAGAGUCUGUGUCCUCCAGACCUGCUGAGGUUUCCCUGAGGAAAGGAGGAUCCACAAUCCCUGUACCUGACAGUAAAGCACCACUGCCCGCCAAGCCCUCUGCCCUGACCCCGCCAAGCGCCAGUCAUCGCCCCACAUCCCUGUCUUCCUCCUCGGGUCUGAGCCCCUCCCCUGAGCUCCGGCAUUCUCCUCUGACCCCCCUGACACUGGAGGAACUCAGGAACCAGCUGAGAGAGCUGAGGGCUUCUGUAGAACUGCUCAAAAGCCAGCACAGACAGGAAAUGAAGCAGUUGACCAAUGCGCUGGAUGAAGAGAAGAAGAUUCGUGUUAGUUUACAGAUGGAAGUAGAGCACAUAAGGAAGAGCCUGUCAAAAUGAAGAAUAAAGCGUCCUCUUAUCACCACAUCGGAGACCAACAUUUGAAAACAUUUACACUGUUGGCCGAGACACUUUAGUCGAAAUACAUUUUGUGCCAACGAUCAUAAAGAUCAACAUCAGCAACGUUACAGUACAAUGGAAUCAGCCACCUCCCCCCUCUCUGAAGCCGCCUUAUUCUGCGUUUACUUCUUUAUUUCUCUUGUUAAGUUUACUGCUAUCUUGUCGCAGCUUGCUGUGCCACUGGUACGGACUGGCUGUGUUUUGCCACGGUUACGGAACGAUGACACAGAGGCUACCAUGGCGACUUCGCUGGUACCAUUCUGUCCGAAGGAAACUUGGAACUCGUUCCUUUGUAGCCCGGUUUGUUUAGAUGACCUCUGUGCUGGUGUGUGUCCACACCGCGGCCUUCGCCUCUUAUCUGUUUGUGUGUGCGAUUGUUUUUUGUUUUCCAUCCAUGUGAGGACUGCAGUUUUAGACCUUCAAAUUAGGGACAUUUUUCUAAGGUGAAGUUGUUUUGGCCGGAUCAUGACUUCUUCAACGGUUAGGAUUUGGGGUGAUCACAGUCUACACUCUGAGUUCAUUCGGGUUGCAUUGUUUGACUCACUGAGCUUCAUGUUUCUAUGGUACACUGCAGACGCGGAUUUUCAAACCAUCAACCAGUAACAGCACUGGCAUUGGGACAUAAUUCCUGAACCUUUUAUUCUUAGUGGCAUAUUUUUUAAAUUUGCAGUCAAAUAUCCCACCUGUCAGGAGGUCAAAAAUAUAAGCACAUCAUCAUUCUUCACCCAAUCCGUUGAAUUAAGUCUUACCAACAUGACAAGUACUGAAACUAUAGGUGCUAUUUAAAGGAAUAGUUGAACAUUUUGGAAACUACGCUUAUUUGCUUUAUUGCUGGGAGUUUAAUGAGAAGAUCAAUGCCUUCUCAUGUCUGUACAUACUAAAUAUAAAGUUACAGUGAGCAGCUAAUACACUUAGCUUAGCAUACAGACUGAAAACCCUUGGGAAACAGUUUGGCUGGCUCUGUCCAAGGGUAAUAGAAUCUGCCUACCAGCCCUUCUGAACCUCACUAAUUAACAUGUUAUGUCUUAUUU